AUGAAAUUCUUUCCCACAUCCUCUCUUUCCUGCCAACCAAGUACGUCGUGUCCACCGCCGUCCUAA